AUGGAACUAGAAUGCAUGUGUGGGGAAGGAAAAUUAGGGGAGCUUGAUCAACUUCAGCUGAACUGGGAUGCAAACUAUGGGAAAAUUUGGCAAGUAAGGAACAAGCUCAACGAUGUUUGGAGGCAUGAGGAAUUGUAUUGGAAGCAGAGGGCGAAAACCAGGUGGCUCAAAGAAGGAGAUGCAAAUACAGCCUUUUUCCACAAUAGUACAGUUCAGAAAAGGAGGAGAAAUCGGAUUGCCCGGAUAAAAAACCAAAAUGGAGACUGGGAGUGUAACGAUGCUCAGGGUUUUUUUUUUGGGUCAAGUAACGAUGCUCAGGUUCGUAACACCAUUGAGACAUACUUCCAAAAUUUGUUUACUUCUGAAGGUCAGAGAGACUGGGGUGAUAUCUUAUCCUUUGUCUCUCCAAUCAUCACCGAGGAUAUUAAUUCAAGCUUGAUGGCCCCAAUAAUUGAUGAGGAGAUUAGGCAUGCUGUUUUUCAAAUGGGGGCACUAAAAUCCCCAGGACCUGACGGUUUCCCCGGUGUCUUUUACCAAAAGUAUUGGAACAUUAUUGGGGAGGAUAUGUGUGGGCUGGUUAGAAGAUUUUUCUCAGAGAACGAAAAUAUUUAUGCUAUGAAUGUAACUAAGAUUGCUCUUAUUCCAAAGGUUCUGAGCCCAGAGUUGGUUACUCAAUUCCGCCCUAUUGCCUUGUGCAACUAUUCUUACAAGGUAAUCUCGAAGAUUCUCGCUAAUCGCCUUUAG